AUGCCAAGAUGGCGACAGUCCUCCCGUACAGACGCGGAAGCCACCGACAGCCUACUGCAGAUAUCGCCCGCAGCCGUCGCCCUCCUGCCGCCGCCGCUGCUCCCGCUUCUCACGCUGACGCUUCUCGGGGCGCUGCUCCUCCUUUCCCACCGCUGCCGCCGCCGCCGCACCGCGGCUCGGCUGGUCGUCUUCCACGACGGCGAGAACUGCUACCUUUCCAAUGCGCGUGACCUCGACGCCGGGCGGCUGGUGAAGCGGACAGUCGAGCGCAUCACAGCCGUGUGCGGCCUCCGUGGUCCGCCGAGCGUCGUGGAUUGGCUGAUGUUCCUCCCCAAGAACGAGCCCGAGCGAAUCCGCCACCACCCGACCGACGCCGCGGUCGAGGCCUUGCUCAACGCAGGCGUCACCUAUGUGCGCGUCGGCUCCAAGUCCGGCGCCGUCGACACGGCGCUCAAGGACGCCGUCGCUCGCUUUUCGAGGCGCGAGCGGGCGCUCGCGGGGUCGACCCUGGUCGCCAUCCUGUCUGGCGACCGCGACUUUGCGGGCGACCUUCGCGCCCUGCGCGGCGAGGGCUUCGCCACCGCCCUCGUGCACCAGCGGCGGGUCGCGGUCUCGCGCGGCGUCGCGCAGAACGCAGACUUCGUCCUGCCCGAGUGGGACUCGCUCGUUGAGGCGGCGGGAGGACGCGUCGACACCGCGCGACCCUCGCCCGGACCUUCGCCCGGCUCCGCGUCGCGCCCGGUCCCCAGCGGUAAGGGAGCCAGCGCCAGGAGGCGAGGCAAGAGGCCGCCCGCUUCCCCAGCCAGCCGCGAGGGAGAGUCUUGCGGCGGCGAGGGUUGCACAGAGGCUGGCCCGCCGCCGCCGACCCCACCGGGGAAGAAGCCAGCCACGCCGCCGAGGCCCUCCGCCGACGCCGUCCCCGUCGACUCGCUCGCCCGGAAGCUUCACGCGGAGCGGUUCGUCCUGCCUGCGGCGCGGGCGGCAGCCGACAGCGAGUCGGUCCGGGUCGGUCGCUUCCGCAGAGCGGCGGACGGGUACGAGCUACUCGUCGAGCCGCGAGGGGCGAGGCGCGAUUUGGAGCGGCGCGCGGCGGAGCGGGUGCGGCAGCAGCUGCGGCUGGAGUUCUCCCUCGUGGCGUGCGAGACGGUCCGGUUGCCGGGCGUGGGGGAGGCGCGGGUGCGAGAGCUGCGACCGCUGGCGAGUCGGCACAGCGUCUUCCUCUUCGUCGCCCCGCACAGCGCCGCCAGAGCGGCGGGCGGCGUUGCGCAAGGCGUGCGGAGAGGCACGGUUGCGGCGGAGGCGGGAGGGAGGGGGAGGGAGGCGGUGAGCGAGGCUUGCGUGGUCGAGCUGCUCGGAGCGGCAGCAAGCGUCGCCCUCGUGCGCCCUCACGUGCUGGCGCUGGCGGAGCCCGCGCCGAGGCCGCCCGGGCCGCUCGCGUGCAUGCUCGCCGUGCAGGGCUGGUUCUGCGGCGAGCCGAGUGGUACGUGA